UUCAAAUCCUGGUUCCGCCGGCAAGACUUGACCAUCUGCUCACCUAGGAUUGAAGGACACAGCGGCAGGACACAAAAACAACUCGCUUGACUUUUGCUUCAACAGAUGCUUUAAGUACAUUAACUGUCCCCUUCACAGAAGGUUCGAUAUCACUUCUACCUGCACCAGAGGAAUAUUUCAUAUUAGAGAAAAUCAACAUUUGAUGAUACGCAUAUCUUAGCACACUAAAUUGUAUGAAAGCGCUUGAAGAAAGGAGACUAUAUGUUAGUCAAGCCUGCUUAAUUAAUAAAUGUCUGGUCACCGGUCAUGACUUCUAAACACGUCUGGUGCUGUCACCGCUUUCGCCAGCAUAAAUGCUCCAACUGCAUAUAUUACAAGCCACACCAUUUUCUCAAUUUCCGUAUCAUAAUCACACUUGAAACCCAAAGAGAGCUCUUCCAACUAAAUGGCAGUUCAGAAUGGAAGGUUCUGUGUUACAGGGGCUGGAGGUUUCGUUGGCUCCUGGGUCGUUAAGCUUCUUCUUUCCAAGAAUUGCAUAGUCCACGGAACCGUCAGAGAACCCACGGAUGACAAGAACUCUCACUUGAGAAAGCUUGACAAGGCAUCUGAGAACUUGAAACUGUUCAAGGCGGACUUAUUGGAUUAUGACUCCCUUCGCUCGGCAAUUGAAGGAUGUGAUGGAGUAUUUCAUGUUGCCAGUCCCGUUCCCUCCGGCAGUGUGCCAGAUCCUGAGGUAGAGUUAAUUGAACCUGCUGUUAAGGGGACACUUAAUGUACUUAAAGCAUCUCUUGAAGCAAAAGUCAAGCGAGUUCUUUAUGUGUCCUCUGUUGCUGCUGUGGCCAUGAAUCCUACGUGGGCUGAAGGUCAACUAUUGGAUGAGUCUUGCUGGUCAGAUAAGGAAUACUGCAGAAAUACUGAGAACUGGUAUUGCCUUUCAAAAACUGAAGCAGAAUCUGAGGCUCUGCAGUUUGCAAAAACAACCGGGAUUGAUCUUGUGACUGUUUGUCCCUAUCUUAUACUCGGCCCAAUUCUGCAGUCGACUGUAAAUGCAAGUACCAUGAUCCUCAUCAAGCUUUUGAGGGAAGGAAAGGAGUCACUGGAAAACAGGCCCCGGCAGAUAGUUGACGUACGGGAUUUAGCCGAAGCACUUCUUAUGGUAUAUGAGAAGCAGGAGGCUGAAGGAAGAUACAUAUGCAAGUCCCACAAUGUUAAGAAUGGGGAUCUAGUUGAGAAGCUGUGGCGCCUUUAUCCUAAUUACAAUUAUCCGAAGAACUUUGUUGAAGUAGAAGAAGACAUAAAGGUGAGCUCAGCGAAACUGCAAAGGCUAGGUUGGAGUUACCGGGCAUUGGAUGAGACUCUCAUCGACUCUGUUGAAAGCUACCGGGAAGCUGGACUAUUGCAUUGAAAGGAUCGCAGAGCUUGCUUUGCGUAGCUGCAUCAUUUGAAUGUAAUAAAAUGAAACUGGAUCGCUUGUUGCAAUGAAAUUGGAUUGUAGUAUGAUGAAAUAAAAUAACAUAAUACUCCAUUGUUUGUGUUCUGUACGAGACCAGUGAUUUUUAUUGUUAUAUUUCAACUUCUAUGCACUUUUGUGUUGGGAAAAAGUGCAUGCUUUUAA